AUGCAGCCGAUGCUCGACCCGAUUGAUUUUCUCGCUCUCCAAUCGAUUCGAAAGGGCUCUCCGAUCUGCCCGGCUCGAAUUAAUUCUCCUCCUAGGAUUUCACUGCCGAUCCCUGCAAUUUCGUCGGAGUCUAUUGCGACAGUGACAGGGUGGUGGCCCUCAAUCUCAACGAGGAAAAUGAGAAUGUCCUGCGAUAUUUGUAAAUAUUUUGGUUCGUGUGAUGGCUGUAAGAUUGAAUCUGGGUUUAACUGCGAUUUGAGAAUUCAAUGGAUUCAGUUAAGAAAGCUGGUGACUGAUGAUUCGUGUUUUGAUGGCAAGCCUGAUGGAAAUGUGUCUGAACUUAAGGGGAAGGAAGUCACAUCAGAUUGUAGUAAUGUCAGAUUUCAAACACUACCAUUUGUAAGUUAUGCGGAUUUGGGAGUUUCUUCAGAGAUUAAGCACGAGAAACAGAAUGUUAAGGGCAAGGUUGAUGAGAAAAAAUCGGGAGUAAAGAGGAAGUCAGUGUCACAAGUGUCAAGUGGCAAAAAGCCUAAAGAGUAUUGGAAUUGUUCUAUUUGUCACAUCAACUGCACCGGGAAACGACCUCUGGACAAUCAUAUUCAGGGAAGAAAACACAAGGUGAAGGAAGCUGCACUUAGAGACAAGAAAGCUGGUAAAAACUUCUGCAUUGGGUUUCCAAGAAAAGUAAAGCUGUGGAUGAAGGUUUGAAUAAUUCUGCUGCAAUUGUCACACAAGUUCAGCCACCUGCCCCUGAUGCUGAAUCUUCCACUAUUAAUCAACGAGGCAUAUGUUGAUGCGGAUAAAAAAAAGUGUCCUUGCUGGAGUGUGUACGGUUCAAGCAGUAACUGAUUUUUGUGGCAUUCAAUAGGGGAGUGAAGAUUGGUCUUUGUGUAUCAUCAAACGAAAGAAGAUGAAUGUUAAUUAAUCCGAAUCUAUAUUCGUAUUCACUUAGGCUCAAAUAUGUAGUUGGUGAAGGUGUUGAACUAUGCUUUAUACACUUUCAUUGUUAUGCCUCUUCAUUUUAGUUGGG